UCUUUCCUAUAUAAUAUAUUUUUCGUCACGAUGUUAUGUAUCAAACGUGGGACUUUAGAUUGACGCCUUAGCCUGCGCAGUUGCUUCCGUAUUCGAAAUUUUGGAAGAUCAUGAAAAUGCGAGUCAAUCGAAAUCUCAUCUUCUUAAACUAACCUGCUACGUAUUGGGUUUGCUUCGAUCAUUAGGUCGAUAUUCACCUCGAAGCGACAAACCUUUGAUCUCAUACGUGUUUCCCGUGGAUUUCGAAGCUCCACCUGUCAUCAAUGACUCUAGCGGAAAGAAUGGAGGCGGCAUUCCGCGUAUAAGUUCUGAUGACUCCUGGACUUGGCUCGAUAAUACUAAUACAGUGGUCAUGGAAAAAGAGCGUACAGCUGUACAGCGACUCGUUAAGCUUUACAAUAAGUUUGGAGCAAGUUUCGUGUGUGCACAUGGGGAUGAAACGCAGUUUGCGAUGAAUACGAAGGAGUUGGAAGCGUUGUUUGAUACUGUACAGCAGCUGCUAAACAAAGAUAUUCUGGUGCAAUUAGAUGACCAUGCUACUGACGUUUAUACUGUGAGUUGA